AGCCUGCUGGGUCCGGCCUGUGUGCUCUGAGGGCGCGUCCAGGCCGUGAGGCACCUCCAUGGCCAGGGCACAGCCACAUCGCCAAAUUCCCAUUAAAUCCCCACUGUGGUACUGAAAUACGGGGGUGGAAAUGCACAACAGGCUCCUCUGCUGGGUCUGGGGUGAGGGGAGAGGGAGGGAAGAGGGAGGAGAAGGGUGAGACCCGCUGCCAGAGUGCUGCCACCAUUUCCCACAGGAGCGGGGAUGGAGGCCGGUGAUGGCGGCUGGUGAGGCCGUGAGGGAACAGCACGCACUGGGGAGGAAGAGGGGAGAGAUUGCCAGGGAGGACACGGGACAGGGUAGGGUGGUGACCUCUUGGGGAAGACACAAGAGAACAUUCUCCCAGUGAUGAUUCCAAGAGCUUUGUCAGUGACUGAGCCUGAGAGAGCCAGAGGAGGGAAACCUUCAGAAACACCAGGAACUGAAGAGAAGGAAACACAGAAAAAGGACAAGACAAGAAAGGAAAGAAGGAAAUGUGGGCAAUAUCUCUAUGCCCAAGGUGAUAAAAAAGGAGGGAAGAAAUGCCCAGCUGCAAAACCCUCCUGUUUGAACUCCUCCUUCUUAACCCUGCGCAGCAGCGUGGUUUACCAGGACAAAAACGCCACGGCCCAGCGAAUAUCCUCGGCCAGGCUGCACAAAAUCAAAGAGCUGAAGAACGAAAAGUUCGACUUGCAAAGGAGAAUCGAGGCGUCGAGCUUGGAGAACCAGGCUUUGAGAGAGCUGAACCGGCGGCAGGGCAGAGCCCUCGACAGGUACAGCAGCGCGGAGAGCCACCUGCAGGAGCUGCUGGCAGGGCACCGCAGCGAGAUCACCGAGCUCAGGACGCUCCUCAAAAUGUCCCAGGACGCCGAGAGGAACACGGCCAGCGAGCUCAAAAGAGUGGAAGCGGAGAUGAGGAGAACUGAAGGCGAUCUGAAGACUUUGGUUGUGCUGUCGGAAGACAAAGCUCUGGCAGAAAGGGAGGAACUUAGUCACAGGUUGGCAGUCCUCAACAAAACGUUGGAGGCAAAGGAUGAGAGGAUAAAGAGUCUGGAAAUGCAGCUGAAGCUGAACAACAGCACCUUUAGUCGUCAGCUGGCAAGUGAGAGUAGAAAACUCCUGGAAGCUACAGUGACCACAAAGGACUUGCUACUGGAAAUUAAUGUCAUUCACCAAAAAAUUAAGGAAAAGGAUCGACAACUUUACGUACAGAAUAUUUAUGCAAAUCGGAUGCCAAAAGCCCUGAGGGACAGAAUUGAGCAAAGUCUGAGAGUAGACAGAUCAGCACAAGUAGAUAAAGAGAGUUUUAGAGAACUGCUGCUGUCUCAGCACCAGGAAACAGAAAAAAGUCCAAUCCAGCUAAAAAAGGAGAAGAAAGGAAACAAAGGUAGAGAAGAUAAAGCCAAGGAAGUGUGCUCAAAUGCCCAGGGUAGAAAAGAAAAGCAAGGAACCAAGAAAGUGCCAAUGCCAGAAACUUCUAACAGGACCCACAGAGGGGGCAAACUACUGAUGGAAGAACGCAAUUUUUCAGAAUUUAUUAAAGAAAUGGAAGAAGAGACAGAGUUUCUUGAACAGGAGUUGAAAAGUCUGAUGAAAUCUGAACAAAAUCCUCAAAGUGACAGAGUAAAGAACGAUCAAGAGAGAGAGGCAUUGGGAGAAGCUGAAAAAGAAGAGAAAAAAACAUUUGAGCAGCAAAACAAGAAAGCCAGGAGUGAAGGUGCAAUUCCAAGCAAAGACCCCACUAGGCAGAAAAAAAAAUUCAUCUCCACAGAAGCCAUUGAGAAUUUGCAUCGGGGGCUCCACACUUCAGGUGCCAAAUUCAAAGCAGGGAGCUUGAGCUGCAGGGACACUGCUGAGAGCAGGGGGAAAAUUUCCUUUGGGGCUUAUGAGCCUUCCUUUGGGCAAAUGCCCCUGGCUGGGCAGGGCUGCAGCCACCUGCUGCCUGCUGAGAGGAAAACACCUGAUGGAGCUCUCUGGGGAGGGCUGUUUGCAAGGAGACACCCCCUCCAGUGCCAGCAGCACAAGAGUGAGGGUGCACAAGUGAGGGCUGCAUGGCAAAUCCCAAACUUCAGCUCUCCUCAUUAAAACCAU